AUGGCACCCACACAACCCUCCGACGCCGAAUUCCCCUGCUCAUUAACGAUAUCUCUCCCCCUCCCAACCCACCGCCUCGCCUCCUCCGCCCAGCGCGCCCUCGAAGUCGACACCGAACUGUCCCCUUUCGUGCGCCGCAGCUUCGCCCUCACAGCUCCACCCGCCGACCACCCGCAGGAGAAGAAACAGAAGCAGGAUCCUCAGGAGGCGAAGACGGUGCUGAAGACUACGUACCGCGCUACGACGAACCGCAUGCUGCGCGUCGCGGUCAACGGGUUUAUGGAGAGUUUGGGGGUUGUGCUUGGCGUGAUGGCUGAAUUGGAUGUUGAUGUCUUAAAGGCUGAGGCGGAGAUUGAGGGGUGA